AUGGCAGGUUACUACAGGAGGUACAGGAGGUACAAUAGAUACAACAGAUACGGGAGAGGUUUUUCAAGAGGGUUCAAACCAUUCAACAAGAAAAAAGGCGGGUUCCAGUAUAAAACCGCAGACAACUCGAUGACGGUAAGUAGCUACAAGAAUCUUGGCUUUACAAGAGCAGUGAAAAUGAAUCUCAGGAGACAGUUCAACGUCACAAAAGGAAAAUGCUUCCGGUUGUGUCUCAAUCCAUUUGACUCUGAAAAUCAAUCGGAUCUCUUUCAUGUCGUUCCCUCGAGCAAUGGACAACCUAAAUACUACCCACGAUUUGACUUUGCAAAGGUCGAAUGCAUCUCAAUUAACAUCAGUCCAAAACAGAACUCGUUUGAUGACUCUCUCUCUUCAUACGCGAUAUUCUACUGCAUAGACAGUGGAAUCGGUGAAUCACGAUUUGUUUCGACAACCAUCGAAGAGACUGAAUCAGAUUAUGAAAUGGUAAAGGCGUACAUAUCAAACAAAGACGUCAGGGAAGUCAAUGACGACAAAAAGAUGACGUUCAACAUCAAGACAAUCCGGUUCAUAACAAGUGACGACGUCACAACAAUCCACAUCGGAAACGGUUUCAAUAUCAAGGAGAUGUGUUCCGGAACAGUCCAUGAUAAUGGGAGUUAUUAUUCCGGGUUAUACGACCCAAAAAAUGGAAACCAAGUCUUGCACCCUUACGGACAAGAAGGACAAAAUGAACAAGAAGAACACAAUGGACAAUAUGGAAUGGACAUUGAAAAUGACACGAUUUUACAGAAAAUAAUAUGUUUUGGAAUGGUGUACAUGGUAUUUCCUCCAGACCAUGCUACAAACUACACAAUAGAUGUUGUGUACAAAAUGAAACUUUACUCGUAA